AUGAAAGCCGUGGGUGUCUCAAGAGUGGCAACAAUACUAGGGAUAGUGAAUGCUCUGUGUGGUAUUACGUUUGCGCAAACACCUAAUCUCAUCGCGCAAUCAAAAUGUUUUUUUCAAAAGAAUUGUCUCGAAUGCCUUGACGCCGACAAGGAUUGUGCAUGGUGCACGGAUGAGUUGUACGAAAUGCGAAAAUCCCGUUGCAUGCCCAUGCAGGAUUUGUUAGAAUCGAACUGUAAUGCAUCGAAAAUCGAAACAAAUGAUAAUUUUUCAUUUCUCGAAAUAACAAAAAAUGAUGUCCAACGGGAUUUUGAUUCCCAGAACCUGGAAGCGGUUCAAAUAACACCACAGAAAAUACGAAUGCGCUUAGCAAAAUUGGCAUCUAGAACCGUAUCGUUUGAAUACAAACCAGCCAAAAACUAUCCUUUGGAUAUGUACUAUUUGAUGGAUCUUACCUGGUCGAUGCGCGAUGAUAAAGCUACAUUGGAGAGCAUGGGUAGUCAGUUAGCAGUGGCGCUAGCUAAUUUAACAGCGAACUAUCGUCUUGGGUUUGGAAGCUUCGCAGACAAGCCAGCAUUCCCAUUCGUCCAAUCCGAGCCGCAUCGCCUGGAGAACCCGUGUUAUUCCGAAAAUGAUCAGUGCGAACCAACGUACGGUUUUCGGCAUCGGUUGCAAAUCACUCGUGACAUUAACAGCUUCAUUGCACAGGUAAAGGAGAGCAAUGUUACAGGAAACGUGGACAAUCUGGAGGCGGGUCUCGAUGCACUGAUGCAGGUGCUUGUGUGCGAGAAACAGAUCGGAUGGGGCACGAACACACGCAAGAUUGUUGUUAUAGCCACGGAUGGUUGGCUUCACAUGGCCGGAGAUGGACUGCUGGCCGGCAUUGUUCCAGAGAAUGACAAACAGUGCCAUCUAGAUGAGAAUGGAAACUACGUAGAUGCAUUGAAAUACGAUUAUCCUUCGCUGGAACAAAUUUGGCGCGUGUUGUUGCGAUCUAAAACGGCGGUCAUAUUUGCCGUUACCGAAGCACAGGAAGAGUAUUACAAACGUUUGAGUGAACUAAUGCCCGAGUUUACGAGUGUUGGUCAACUACAGGACGAUUCCUCUAAUAUUAUUCAGCUGGUGAACGACGGAUAUCGGGAGUUCAUUAAAAGGGUGGAGUUUACCGACAAUGCUCCUGACUACCUACAGCUGCGCUAUACCACCAAUUGUGGAGGCCUAUACAAAGAACCGCAACCUAUUCAUAGAUGUGAAAAUAUUGAAAUAGGUAAAACGUAUGAAUUCAAAGUUGAGCUGCGAUUAUUGGAAUAUCCCAAAGACAAAUCGGUGACGAAUAUAACCGUUCGGAUUGAAGAAACACUGAUAAGCAAUGAGGCCGUUGAUCUGCAUAUCGAUUUGCGAACCGCUUGUAGUUGUGAGCAAAAUGAGAAAGGCAUGGAGCUUAGCAAACUGUGCAAUUUCAAUGGAGACUACGUGUGUGGAUUGUGCAACUGUUACGCUGGAUGGAUCGGAAAAACAUGCGAAUGCAACCUCCAAAACACUCAAAAUAUGAAGGAGCUGUUUGAGCAGUGCGUUGCACCUAGUGCAGAGGACGAUCUGAGAUCCGGUCCUGUUUGUUCUGAUCAAGGAGAGUGUGUUUGUGGACAAUGCUACUGUAAUCCCGGCUAUGAGGGCGAACAUUGUGAAUGUAAUGAAUGCACAAUCAUCGAAGGAAAAAUAUGUGGUGGUUUGGAUCAUGGAAUAUGCUCGUGUGGGACGUGCAGCUGUUUCGACUCAUGGUCUGGCGAUAAUUGCGACUGCUCAACGGACACGAGCGGAUGUAAAGCCCCAUUGAAUAAUGAAAUUUGUUCCGGUCAUGGCGAAUGCAGCUGUGGUCGAUGUAACUGCGAUGAAUCGUAUUUUGGACCUUUUUGUGAGACAAAGGACGGAGAACAACCUGCACUGUGCUCAUCGUACGAAGAUUGCGUACGUUGCGCGGUUAACGAGAUGAAUGAUCUUCCAUGUCAAGAUUUAGACAACAGAUGUCGUGAAAAGAUUGGUCUCUAUACAAUAGAGUUGGUUACUUCCAACGAUGCUUCCCUCAAUUGCACUUUCCGGUUCAGUAACGAUGAGAACACAUGCGACUACAAAUAUUCAUAUGAGCUUGCUCAAAACCAUCAAACGGUGCUAAAAAUACAACGAUUUGAAUGUAAAGCGAUCAAUUUCUUAACCGCCGGGAUAUCCAUAGCAGUAUCCAUUAUAUUAGGUGGAUUGGUAUUGCUUAUGUCUUACAGAGUGAAGAUUAUGUACGAUGACCGAAAAAUGUUCGCCAAGUUCGAACAGGAAAGACAAGAUACAGUGUAUCAAAUGGAAAGUCCGCUUUACAAAUCGCCUAUCACUAAAUUUCAAGUUCCUGCUGAGAUGGAAACGAGUGUAAUGUAA